CCGUGGGUUUGCAUACUUACCUACCACUCCACUCCACUCCAUCACUGCGACACCAUCUGUCCGUCAUUCUUUGCUCUGCUUACAUCCGUCGUCAGCAGAGUUCCUGUCAGCUUCCACCAGUACUUUUGUCUGACAGGCCGCCGCUGUUCUUUGCCCUCGUCCUCUGUCACUCGUCGUCCAACAAGAGCUCUCCCAGAAUCAUCACUUGGACGAGUUAGCGUCUUAAAAGCCGUGCUUACGCACCUAGCUAAAGAAAACAAGCACACUGUCAAAUCAUCGCCAAAUCAACACCAUCCACAACCAAAAUACCAUGGGCUGCCUACGCCUCUUCCGCCGCCUCAGCCGGCGCUCCUCCCAAGAAGACGACGCUCUCCUCAACUCCCAACAUGGCCGCGGUCCGCGCCCCUACCGCGAUCAUGAGCACAAGCCUAAACACAAACACACUCCCUCGGAAGACUCGUCCUUCUCCACCGACUUUGUUGAAGAAGAAAAGGCGUCGUACAGAGGCAGAUCGCGGACCAGCCACGGCUGUGCCGCUGUUCCCGUCAUCCGCCCCAACGUCAACCCCGCUCGCUCAGCUUACGCGACGCCCGAGGUCUACCGGUAUGGAGGCGCGGGGCCCAGAGAAGAUGACAGGGCACCGAGGAGACCUGCGAAUGCGGAAGAGAAGGAGACGGGUGUGAAUGAUGCUGAGGAGCAGGAGAGGAUGGAUUUUUUGCAGAUGAUGUGAUGUCACCACGUCUCUGCGGAUGGGGUAUUUCUUUUUCUUCUGUAACAUUUUCUUUGUAUCACGACAUUUGAUGAUCGGGUUUGGCCUGGGAACACAAGGACGGAUGAUGAUGGGCUUGGGGAGUUCACGGCGGCGUUUGGGGCGCAUAUCAAAAGGGCAUCAUCGUCAUGGCCGAUUAUGAUUUGGGUCUGUCUGGCUUGUUGGUUUGGGAGUUUACAUUUCAUGUUACCUCCAUGUUACGAUUACUACUACACCUGCUAGAGAGGUACCUUUUUAUUUCUCAUUUUCAAAAGCACUGGACGGCGAGAUAAAUCAGAAAGACCGGGAGACUUGUCGAUACAUCGGAUUCACGACAGCUUCCUCAUUUUCUCUAUUUACACUGUCAUGAGUUUCCAUUACCAAACUUUGUCUCGCGUACCUGAAUUUCGCGAGAAUUUGCAUCGA